GGGAUGUUCUGAUAUCCAUUUUACCUAAAAAAAAAAAACGCUAAAAUUGACAAAGGUGAAGACAAACCGUAAAAAAUACAUCUCCUUCAGAAUAGGCAUGUGAUGCUCAAAACUGCCUUCCAGCUAGGCAGCACAGUAUGUUUUGAGAGACGCAGCCCGUCGUGUCGCUCACAGCCGGGAAUCUUUUUCGCUCUCCUCCUCUGGAUCGAGUCUGAUUUUCAGGGAGGAGCUGCAACUCUUGGGAAGAUAAGGAGACUCUGAUAAACACGAAAACGACAGGACUGAAGGAGAGUUAAUUAUGGAUCCAGCAUCUCCCCCAGAACAGCUGUCACUUGUUCAUGAACAGGUGCAGAACUCAUUGGACAGAUCAGUGACUGCAGCUGUAUGUCUACGCCGCUUCCUCUGUUACGGGUCGGAGGGACCCACGUACACCACUAAAGAGCGCGCUCUGGGUAUUGAGAACGCCCUGUGCCUCAUGCAGUUUAUCGAGGGUGGUCGGGGCUGUGAGGUGGUAGAAGAGGUCAGACGCUUGAAUUUAGAGGGUCACGUCCUCUGCUCCAAUCCCAGCCUCUUUGCUCUUGCCGUGUGCUCACAGCAUGCAGACUGCAAGACCAAGCAGGCUUCCUUACGGGUGCUGAAGGAGCUUUGUCGAUCACCGGCGCAGCUCUUCGCAUUUGUGCAGUAUAAGAAGGAACUCAAAGAGGGAUCUGGGAUGUGGGGUCGGGGUCUGCGCAGGGCCGUGACGGAUUGGUAUAAUAGUCAGGAUGGGAUGAGCUUGGCGCAGGCUGUGACAAAGUGCAAGCACAGGGUGGGCUGGUCGCACAGGGACCUUCUCAGACUGUCCCACAUGAAGCCAACCAAUGACAGUGUUGGUCUUGUUUGUAAAUACAUCACGAAAGGCUGGAAAGCAGUUCAGGAGGCAUAUGGCGAUAAAGAAAACUCGGAGGAUCUUCAGAGGGUUUAUGCAUAUCUAGAGGCUGUGGAGAAAGCCAAGCACUCUACUGAUGAACUGGAGAUCAUUCAUCUUAUUGAGACACACCGGCUGGAGAAAGAGCAGAUACUUACCAACCAUCUCAAGUCCAAAGAGGUAUGGAAAGUUUUGCUGAAAGAGAUGCCAGUGGUUGUUUUAAUGAAGAAUUUGGGGAAGUUGACGGCAGACAAAUUUCUGGCACUAGGAAGUCAAGAAGUUGCGGCUGUUUGUGAAAGGAUUCAAGAUGAGGAGGCUUUGAAGAAGGCAAAAACUCACCCAUUUAACGUUCUUGUGGCAUCUGAAAACUAUAAACGGGGUCAUGGGAAGCGUGGCAAACUGAAAUGGGAGCCAGAAAGAGACAUUGUUGAAUCCUUGGAGUGUGCCUUCUGCAAAAGUAUUUCAACUGUGGAGCCCACAGGCAAGCGGUUUUUGUUGGCUGUCGAUGUAAGUUCCUCUCUGAGCAGUGUGGCCCAUGGCAGCUCCAUCAAUACUGUGGCAAUAGCAGCAGCAAUGUGCAUGGUAUUAGCGCAGACAGAAGCAGACACACAGGUGGUGAACUUCUCUGAUGGGUCUUUGGUUCCCUGUGCUAUAUCAUCUGAUUUGACACUAAUGCAGGUUGCAACACAGUUCAUUAAGACACCUGGUGGUAGCACAGACUGUGCAUUACCCAUCACCUGGGCCUCAGAACAUGAAAAAACUGUGGAUGUUUUUAUCAUUUUUACCAAUAAUCAAAUCUGUGGGAGGGAAAAUCCAGCAGAGACACUUAAGGCAUAUAGACAAAAAAGUGGUGUAUUUUCCAAACUUAUUGUGUGUGGAAUGAUAGCCAAAAGCCUGUCCAUCGCUGACCCUGAAGAUCGUGGCAUGUUGGACGUCUGUGGGUUUGACUCUCGAGCUGUUGAUGUCAUCCGUAACUUUGUACUUGACGUCAUGUAAAGGGAUUCAUUUGUAGCAGACAGUACAUUUUAAGAAGAAAUAAGAAGGCACCGAAGGACCCCAAUCAACGGAAGAACAUGCAAAAAGACUAUUUUUUAUUUAAAGGUUUAUUUUAGGGGCUUUUUUGCCUUUAUUUGGAUAGUUCAGUAGACGGAUGACUGUGCGUUCACACCAGACGCGGAAGAGGCGGCAAAAACAUAUUUUUUAUAUAAAAGCUAUUUGCGUGUAUAUUUAACAUAAAAGCUAUUUGCGAGUAGUUGGACGCUUAAACAUUUUGAGUUUACUCCCUUCACACGCUUGAAAUUCUAGUAAUUUGAGAAUUCGCAUCAUGGGAGGGGCUUAUAUAGCUCAAGUUGAGUAAACUUACCAGAUUGUUCGACCUCCUUUCUUUCAAACAAGAUCCUUUUAAUACCCGUAAAAGUACGAAGAUGUCUUGUGUAGCGAUGAUGAUUGUCCUCCAUUCUUUAUUGUUUUGUUUAUCUGCCUCCACUCGCUUCCUGUAAUCACGUUACUGAUAGAGCAAGCUCCUGAUUGGUUAACGUGGCGCGAAAAUCCGGCAAAGUAU